UUGCUCCAAAACCAAAAAAUAACAGAGAAAAAAAAAAUGGUUCUCCUAACACCACCACGAACUCCGGCCAGAGCUGCGACGGCGAUAGCCGGCUCAUCGAAGCGGCUUAUGCUGAAUUUUAUCGGUUCGAUGUCUUUGUUAGCUUUGUGGUUGAAAAAAGCAAGCCGAGGAAUUAAAACUCAAAAACUCGGGAGCGAUUCGCCCAAAUCGCCGCUUGCGAAGCCGAAGAAGUUCCUCGCGACGAUUAGUAGCAAAGCGGUUAAUCUGAGGCAUAAGAAGAAGGCGGAAAGAGAGCUUGUUGAUGAGGAUUUCGGCGAUGGAGGACUUUGGCAGAGGGGGAUUUUGAUGGGAGAUAAAUGUCAGCCGUUGGAUUUCUCCGGCGUGAUUUAUUACGAUAGUGAAGGGAAUCGAUUGCAGGAGGUUCCGAUGAGAUCUCCGAGGGCGAGUCCGAUGCCGAAUUAUCUUAAUUACGCUUCACCCAAAGUGAAUUAGAGAGAGAAAGUAUCAGUUAGUUGAUGCUCUGUUUUUAGGCAUGUAGUUUUUGUUCGUCAGUUUUCUCUCUGUUUUACAGCUUAAACUUUUUUUAAAGUUUUAAUGUUUGUUUGGUUUGGGCUAAUUACAAAAGAGAUGGUGGAUAUAUGAACUAGCUGUCCUAAUUUUCUAUUAAUCUGGUGAAAGAUACUGUAUAAAAAGGUUUUGAAUUUGGUGGAAUAAACUGAAUUUGGGCUAUUA